AUGGACCUUGGCAAGGGCCAUAUCAGCGAUAUGCUCCCGUGUCGAUCCAGCACAUCAUAUCUUGGGCCCAAGUGGAUACCCGGCAAUACCCUCCCCGCGAUAAUCGCCCAUAAAAAGAGAGUCCCAAAAAUGAUGGGUCUCUCUGUCACAUGUCUUGGCUCCAGCCAAAAAGGGGGUUAUUCAGGCCAAGGCGUCACUAUUGGUCGACUAUCACCCUUCCUGGUUUUCAAAACUUUCGACUUCGCCUUUCUUGGCUCCAGCGUCUCUGGCAUUUUGGUCGCACCAGCGCUGGCCUGGGCUACCCACGGUCAUUCCCAGGCGGCCAUGGCAAGUAUGCACGCGCUUGGCAGGUUAGCAAGCACCCCUCUCAAUUGCGCAAGUCUUUCCCGGGUUGAAGAAGGCGGGUCCGUCGCCAACCGAGCAAUGAAGCCUCGGAAGAUCCGCAGCCAGGAUGAGGGGGCCAAGACCCGUGCAAUGGCGGUGGAAUCUCACAGGCUUUUCCCUUCAUAG